AUGUCAUUCGAUGGACAAAGCCGUAGCGAACAGACCCCCGAUGUUUCAGCCAACACCAGUCGCGAUCUCACAAGCUUGACGGCUGCAGAGAUGAAAGAUCUCACUGUGGAUCAACUCGCAGCGUGGUACGACAUUACGAUCCACCAUGCAGCGCAAUUGGCGCUUUCUGCGCCGUUCGUAGAACUACUGUACGCAGCUUAUGCGGGCCUCGCCAACUCUACCGUCGAAAUCCCACAGGAAGACGUGGGAGGGGAAGUCCAGGAGAAGUCCAAGUUCUUUCAGCGAUACGACGAGUGGGAGAAAAGAUUGAUGGACGAGAGCCGCGGAGCUAUCUAUCUGAACCGCGAAGAUAAGAUGCGUCUCGGCAACGCGUUCGAGUCAAUCGCGUCGCCCGGUCAAGAUUGGUCUUUUGAUAAUCACAAAGCACUGCGUGAUCACAUCAACACAGUUUAUUGGUCUAUUAUCGCUGAGCCAUGUCACGGAACGCGACGGCGAAGUUUGGCCACUGCCUAUUACGGACUUGCUCAGAUCGAUGACUCACAUACUACAAAGGUCGGCAGAUAUCCCGUUACACUUUGCGUUUCUUGUGGUUUGAUCGAAACCCUGGAUCAACGUAUUUCAUCUAAAUCGCUUUCAGAACAAGACGAAAUAUUGUACCAGACCACCUCUCGCUUAACUAACUCAUUGACCAUGCCCCCUGAAGACUGUGACCGUGCGACCACCAUGUCCAUACGAGACCAAGAUGGAUCUCGCCAAGAAGGACCCAGCCACGUUGAGUCGGAGGUGGACGUUCGCACAUUGUCCGGCACCCAAGUUGACGGUUCUCGGAUCCGUCCUUUGACCCCAUCCACUCCUGAACCUCGAAGCGUGAACAGCGCUUAUAAUAACAGUGUUACUACUCUGGAGGCACCAAUACCCCAACGAACGGGAUCUAUAUCCGAAAUACUCGAAUGUCUCACUGCUGCUGCCGAAAUGUACGCACCGAAGGAGGAAACUUUCGUCGAACCAGUCAAAAAGGAAACUUUCGUCGAACGUCUCUACGCGGCCUAUACAGAACGUAAAGAACAAGGCUCGUUUGAAGGUCAUCCGUCCGAGGGAGAAAACAGUCAUGCCAUGAGGAACUUCUUACUGAAUUUUUUAAGGUUCGAAUUCGAUCGAAAGGCGGAGGGACUAGCGAGUGUUCUACCCUUCCCAUUUUGUGAUCACCUACUCAUCUUAGCGCACGCCUUUGUAGCCAUUGCGGAACCAGCGCAAGGCUGGUCUCGACAAGAACACGACGAGUUCUGCCAGCUGUCUAGCCUUUGA